AACCCUCGCCUCUCCGCUGUCCCUUAGAGCGGGAAAAUUUCUUACAGAAGAGAGAGAGAGAGAGAGAGAGGGUUUCUUUCUUCAGGAGCUUGAGAAUGGCGCCAAUUCUGCAGAGCUCACAGCCUUGGGUCGAGAAAUAUCGACCGAAGCAAGUGAAGGACGUGGCGCACCAGGACGAGGUGGUUCGGGUCCUCACCAACACUCUCGAGACCGCUAACUGCCCGCACAUGCUCUUUUACGGCCCGCCGGGUACUGGGAAGACGACGACCGCGCUCGCCAUUGCUCACCAGCUUUUUGGGCCUGAGCUCUACAAAUCUAGAGUGCUCGAGCUCAAUGCGAGUGAUGAUCGUGGGAUUAAUGUGGUUAGAACUAAAAUAAAAGAUUUUGCAGCCGUGGCUGUGGGAUCUGGUCAACGUCAAGGGGGCUAUCCGUGUCCGCCAUACAAAAUUAUCAUCCUGGACGAGGCAGAUUCAAUGACUGAGGAUGCUCAGAAUGCUCUGAGGCGUACAAUGGAGACAUACUCUAAAGUCACAAGAUUCUUUUUUAUAUGUAACUAUAUCAGCAGAAUCAUAGAGCCGCUUGCUUCAAGAUGUGCAAAGUUUAGGUUCAAGCCUCUUUCAGAAGAAAUAAUGACUAGCCGUAUAUUGCACAUAUGCAAGGAAGAAGGUCUCAAUCUGGAUGCAGAGGCUUUGUCAACCUUAAGUACAAUCUCCCAAGGUGAUUUGCGUCGGGCUAUCACAUACUUACAGGGGGCUGCUCGAUUAUUUGGAUCAUCAAUUACUUCAAAGGAUCUAAUAAGUGUCUCUGGGGUAAUCCCACAGGAGGUUGUCGGGGCACUUCUUGCAGCUUGCAAGAGUGGCAACUUUGACUUGGCAAACAAGGAGGUCAAUAACGUCAUUGCAGAGGGAUAUCCAGUCUCCCAGAUGCUCUCUCAGUUAUUUGAGGUGGUUGUAGAAGCAGACGAUAUUUCGGAUGAACAGAAGGCUAGGAUAUGCAAGAGAUUGGGUGAAGCUGAUAAGUGUCUUGUUGACGGUGCGGAUGAGUACUUGCAGCUUUUGGACGUGGCUAGCAACACCAUGCGAGCUCUGUGUAACAUGCCCCAAGAAUUCUCUUAUGAGACUUGAGGGACCUGAAACCUUCAGAUCCAGAGAAAGUUUGUGAUAAUAGUCUAGGGAGAAAUUGGAAACUAAGUGUGUAAAGAGAUUAUAAUUUUUUUAUAUUGGAUGCUGAUGCAAAAGGUCUGAUCCAUUGCUGUGAUGAGGGACUUUCGGGUUGCCCCCUUUUUCAUUAUAUUUUGCAACACAUCCUCCUUUAUCCGAUUAGCCUGCCAGAAUUGUGCCUCCUUAGCUGAUACAAAGGUCUAAUUAUUGGUACGCUUGUGGUUUAAGUAUUGGUUUUUUUUUUUUUUUUU